AUGAAGAUCCGAAAUUUGACAUUACUAAACACAUUAUUAGUAUUGCUGUGUGUAUUCUAUGGAGUAUACGGCUCGCAAGAAGAGCCAGUUGAAAUCUUAGAUAAAUCGAACAAUACAUCACAAGGGUCCUAUUCUGACUUCUCGGCCGAUUCUGACCACGGUUCAGCCUCGCGACCAAGCAGCCCUUCAAUUGAAUCCGAUGUCCUAAAUGAACCACAAUACACCCCACUUAAUCGAAGCGAGGUCCCUAACCUCACUAAUCUAGCCAAGCUCGAUUUUCAUUGGCCAAAAACAUUACUAGCGAUAAUAGCAGAGACAGAAGAACCAGGCAAUUCAGGGGAUCGUAUAAAUAACGAAGUACUAGCUCACUACAAAAAGUUCGCUGGUUACUUCAAUACUAACCCAACACUCACUGGUUAUGUCGUUAAUAGUCAAGAGUUUCUAGACACACAGUUCUACUAUCUUUUAUUCCCCACCAAACCCCAAGAUACGGUUCUAGCUGCCGCUCAGCACAUGUAUGCCCUCUUUGAUCCUAGCUACUAUAAAUCAUGUGCUUCUUCAACUAUUGGCCCUAGUCCCCAUCCCGUCUCCCUGCCAACGACUCUAUCAAUCUACGACUUGCUCAACAUUACAAUGGUUUUCACUGGAUUUGAAGAUGGUCAGAACCUUAAGUAUCUUACCCAGCCGAUUGGCCCCUACAAAACUUUCCUGGACAACUUCUCCACCCUCGUACUUGCCUCACUAAAUGCCGACAGAUCCUACCCGACUAUCUUUGCUAAUCUUCUAAAAGCCAUUCAAAACCACCAAGUCAUUGCCUCCACUCCUACCGCCCUAACCCAACAUCUCAACCCCAAUCUCAGUGACGAUAUCCCACCACAAAACCCGCAUAUCACUGAAAUAACUUCCAAGACCUUAAUCACCAACACCAACGCAUGCUUUUCUGCCUUACAAAAGAGCCACCUCCUUACACACCUAGUCGAAGUUACCAAUAAAGCAUUAGCUGCAAUUGAAAAAGACCCUCAGUCGGAAUCAACAUCAGAGUUUGAAACUAAACCUGAAUCUUAA